AUGAGUAACGGGAACGUUAUUGCAGUUAUUCUUGGAGGCGGCCGCGGCGCACGCUUAUUCCCGCUGACACGCGACCGGGCGAAACCGAGUGUCCCGAUCGCAGGUAAAUUUCGACUGGUGGACAUACCGAUCAGCAAUUGCUUCCAUUCAGGCUUGGAACGUAUCUAUGUCCUGACGCAGUUUAACUCUGUCUCCUUGAAUCGACAUAUCGCGCAGACAUACCGCUUCGAUACAUACCGCCGCGGGUUCGUCCAAAUCCUUGCAGCGCAACAAACGCUGAUGGGCGAAGAGUGGUAUCAAGGAACGGCGGACGCAAUCAAACACAAUGAACCUUACAUUCUCAACCCACGUUUCGCAGACGAUUAUGUUCUGGUUCUCGCCGGUGACCAUCUCUAUCGGAUGGAUUAUCGCAAAAUGCUCAAAGUUCAUACCGAAUCUAAUGCCGCCAUCACCGUGUCUGUGAUUCCAGUGAAAAAAGAGGACACGAGCGGACUGGGCAUUCUUCAGGCGAAUUCGGAUGGACGUAUCACUGACUUUGUUGAAAAGCCGCAAACUGAGGAGGAACUGCAUCGUCUACGCGUUGAACCCGAGGUCUUUACCUCGCGUGGCAUCGAACCACACGGUAGGGAAUACAUUGCCUCAAUGGGAAUUUACAUCUUCGACCGCGAAGUCUUGCAAGAAGUGCUUCAAGAUGACUCAAACGUCGACUUCGGCAAGGAUAUUAUCCCGAAGAGUAUUCAGAAGGUCCGAGUUUCUGCUUACUUUUUCGAUGGCUAUUGGGAGGAUAUUGGUACGAUACGUUCCUUCUAUUCGGCAAAUAUAGCACUCACCGACACAGCACCUGAGUUCAAUUUCUACGAUGAGCAGGCACCAAUUUACACCAACCGGCGGCAUCUGCCGAGCACUAAAGUCAAUAGCAGUAGCGUCCGAUCUUCGAUCCUCGCUGAGGGUUCUAUCAUCGAUGAUUCGGAAAUCGAUAGAACGAUCGUCGGUAUCCGAAGUAUCAUUUCCAACGGCAGUCGAAUUUACCAAUCGGUAAUCAUGGGAGCAGACUACUACGAGUCAGAUGAAUCACGGGCUGAGAACGCACAGUCAGGUAUACCCAACAUCGGCAUAGGUCGAAAUUGUCUGAUUCAGAAUGCAAUCAUUGACAAAAAUGCGCGUAUCGGUGAUAAUUCAGUACUUGUCAACCGGGAUGGGGUUGAUAACCACGAUGGCGAAGACUACUACAUUCGGGAUGGUAUUGUGAUUGUUCCAAAGGACGCAACGAUACCUUCUGAAACCGUCGUCUAA